AUGUCGCGGAAUGCAGCGCCCUUGUUGCAGACUGUUGGCGGGAAACAGCAUGCCACUGCAAGGGACCAUGAACCGGACGACAAGCGCGCACCAGACUCGAGCGACGAUGACAGCGACGACGACAACGACACAUCAGGUCUCGGCCAAGUUCGUGACAAACCGAACCGGAUUCGUGCGCCGGGAAGGAAUCGCAAACCAAGCAGCUCGGUCGUGCCGGCGAAAAGAGCGGCUGAGCCUGAAGACGAAUCGGACAACCUGAUCUUCUCACAGCCCUCCUCUCAAUCGCAGCGUCUCAAAAACACCUUCAGCAAAAAGUAUGGGACAAAGAAUCGUGUAGCGCGGCAGCAAGAUAAGACAGCGCAGCCCAAACCUGAACCUCCCAAGAAGAAGGCAGGCUUCCGGACGACUCUACCUGCCCCCGAACCUCCGUCAUCACAAGCAGAUGCUCCGCAAGUAGCCUCAGGUCCCACCUUCCGACAUCUCACAACUUCUGCUGCAGACAGCACAGAUGUCUCUGGCCAAUCUCAACCUAUACUUCUUGAAUCAUCACAACUCUCGCCACCACCUUCAUCUCCCAUCAGCAGUAUAUGCGAUUUCGAACUCGAAGAUAUAGUCGAAGAGCCCGACAAGAGCCCACGCUGCCCCAUCUGCGCCGAGAGCAUUGAACAAGACUUCUGGGACAAAUUUCAAGAUGAGAUAUUACAUAGGCGCAUGAAUCUACGCCUUCAGGAAAAGUUCUGUCGGGCACACAAAGCUCGUACUGCAGAUGAUGUCUGGCAAGAUAGAGGCUAUCCCAAGAUCGACUGGUCCGCCCUACAACCGCGACUUGGCACGCAUCAUGCCCAUAUCCACGCCAUUCUAGACGGAGAUUAUGAAAGUCCCUACUACAAGCAGCAUGCGAAAUUGGUAUCCCAGACCAAGGGCCAUUCUGCCAGAUCAGCUGCCGUAUCAGGACGUUUCACUGGCUUACGCGCCGGCUACUAUGGGACAAAAGGCGAGAAGAUCAUGUACGUACUGUCUUGCAUCUGCAUCUCUUCGUCCACAUCUAAUCUGAAACAGNNGGCCGAGCAUAUCGUCCAGAUGUUCUCGGACAAACUUCGAUCUCUAUCCAAAACCGAGCCACUCAUGGCUUCUAGUGGUGCAUCAGGGGGCGUCUCAGGCUACGUGCACGCCAUCCUCGUACCAGAGAUGGCCCUUGGACUGAUUAUGGAAGACAUGCGUUGCGAUCGAGAAAUGGCCAGAACUAUUCUAGCCGACAGCGCAGACAUAGGUGAAAUGUUCAACGCAGAAGAGGACGAAAAAGUCCAGCGUGUCGAGAUUGAUCUAGACACGAGCGGUAUCAACGACGACAGCGAAGUCGUUUACACGCAAAAACCAAAAAAGGGGUUUCGAUUGGCUUGA